AUGGAGCUUUCAGAGGGUACCAAUUGUGCGCUCGUCGAUCGUCUUGCCGUCAUGGAAGCGUCCAAGGCUCGCGCUCUGUCGCUCCUCCGCAGCGGCAGCAGCUGUGCUCAGCCGUACCUCGAACAGGUCCCCAAGCCCGUCCUCCAAGGCGCCGUCGCCGUCCUCGUCAUUAUCCUCUCCAUCAUCCUCGUCCGGGCCGCCCAAUCGUCCGCUGCCGCCCGUCCCCGACACUACACCGUCGCCCCCCCGACGCCCGACUCAUCCUCUCCACCCGCCGCCCACCACUCCUCCCACAUUGCCUGCUAUGCGCCCGCCACCGGCCAGUUCCUCGGCAAUGUGCCCGCAGCGUCGACGACCGACAUCGACGCCGCCAUCUCUGCCGCCACCGCCGCCCAGGGCGCAUGGAGCCGCACCACUCUGGCGCAGCGCGCGGCCGUGCUGCGCUCCCUGAUGCAGCACGUACUCGACCACGCGCAGCAAAUCUGCCGCGUCGCCGCGCUCGACAGCGGCAAGACGCUCGUCGAUGCGCAGCUCGGCGAGAUCAUGGUGACGCUGGAGCGACUGCAGUGGACGCUACGACACGGCACGCGAGCGCUUCGCCCGGAGCGCCGCCCGACGAACCUGCUGCUGGCGUACAAGCGCAACACGGUGCGCUACGAACCCAUGGGUGUCGUCGCCGCCCUCGUUAGCUGGAACUAUCCGUUUCACAACAUGAUCGGGCCUAUCAUUAGUGGCCUCUUUGCGGGCAAUGGUGUCGUCGUCAAGGUCUCGGAGCAGACGGCGUGGUCCAGCGCGUACUUUGCUGACAUUGCCAGAGGCGCGCUGGCGGCCCACGGGUUCGACACGGAUCUGGUGCAGACGUUUGCGUGCUGGCCGAAAGAGGCUGAGUUCCUGACGUCGCACCCUAGCAUUGCCCACAUUACCUUUAUCGGCAGCCAGUCCGUCGCGCACCACGUCGCCGCGUCGGCGGCCAAGGCGCUCACACCCGUCGUGGCCGAACUUGGCGGCAAGGACCCGUUCAUCGUCCUCGACUCGGCGGCCAAGGACAUCCCCCGCAUCGCCGAGGUGAUUCUCCGGGGAACCUUUCAGGCCGCCGGGCAAAACUGCAUCGGCAUCGAGCGCGUCAUCGCCUCGGGCGCGGUCUACGACACGCUCGUCGCGCUGCUCGCGCCGCGCGUGCGGGCGAUCCGUCUGGGGCCCGACGCCGACAUGGGCGCCAUGAUCUCGUCGGCAUCGUUUGACCGCCUCGAGGCACUCGUGCAGGACGCCGUCGCCCAGGGCGCGCGCCUGCUCGCCGGCGGCCGCCGCCACGCGCACCCCGAAUACCCCGACGCCACAUACUUUGCGCCCACCAUGCUCGCCGACGUCACGCCCGACAUGGGCAUCGCCCGCCAGGAGUGCUUCGCGCCCGUGCUCACGCUCAUGCGCGCCGAGGCCUCGACUGCCGAGGCCAUGCUCGCCGUCGCCAACGCUCCCGACUUUGGCCUCGGCGCGUCGGUGCACGGCUCGGAGCGCGACCCGGCUCUGGCCCCCAUUGUGCGAGGCCUCAAGGCGGGAAUGGUGGCCGUCAACGACUUUGCCGUCUACUAUGCCGUGCAGCUGCCGUUUGGCGGCGUCCGCGGCUCCGGCUACGGUCGUUUUGCCGGCCACGAGGGCCUGCGCGGCUUGUGCAAUAUCAAGAGUGUUUGCGAGGACAGGUUUGGCUGGCUGGGCAUCAGGACCGGCAUCCCGCCGCCCAUGCAGUACCCUGUGCCGAACCAAGAAAAGAGCUGGCGAUUUGCGCAGGGCGUUGUCGAGGUUGGCUACGGCGAGGGAUUGAGAAAGGUUCAAGGCCUACUGGGCAUACUGAAGAACUUGUAG